AUGAGCGGCGACAAACACCGCCCAAACGGCACGGAUCCGGCGGAGAACGGUAUCGACGGCUCGGAAGAUAUUGAGAUGAAGGAAGAAUCACAAACCGGGAAGAAGUCUUCCAAGCUUAAGGAUAAGGAUGGCGACGACGAGAUGACUGUGGUUGUGCCGCCUUCGAAGGGCUCACAUGCUCCUAGUGCUCCUGAGAAAUCCACCGAGGCGGACCUCAAAAACGGCGCUUUGAACGGUGACGCCGAAAAUGCAUCUGAAGCUCAAGUCGAUCCUCAAGAGAAGGUUAUCUCAGAGAUCAAAGCCAAUCUUCCGUUAUUGGAACGGGGUGUUGUUCAGUUUGAUCCGCGAUUCAGCUUGAGAGUGCUUCGCUCUAUACCUUCUACUAGGAAACAGUUGUCUGGUUAUGUUUUGGCAGCUGUUGUCACCGACACUUACCCAAUCCCCACGGCAACUGCGAUAUCUCUCCUUACCGCCGUCAAGGAUGACCCAUCAUUCCCUGCCCAGAAGGUUAAAGAAUGGCACGGCAGAAAGGACGCGGCUCAAAAGACCUCGCAGAAAGAAAUUCUGCCAGAAAUUGAUGUCUACCUAUCGAUUCUAGUCCAGGUCUACCUUUACGAUAAGAAGUCCGUCAAUGCUGGUGCUGAGUUCUCAAGUGCUCUUGUGGAGCACCUGCGCACAUUGAACCGUCGAACGCUGGACCCAUUGGCUGCCCGAGUAUACUUCUACUAUGCACUCUUUUUCGAAGAGCUAGCUCCACUGCCACCGUCUCCUGCAGCCGCGGUUAUCUCCAUUCGAAAGAACCUUCUUGAUGCAUUGAGAACAGCCACCCUGCGAAAAGAUCAAGACAUUCAGGCCGCAGUGACUACUCUUCUCUUGCGAAACUAUCUGUCUACCUCGCACAUCACCCAGGCCGACCUGUUGAUCUCGCGAACUAAGUUUCCUCCCGCAGCGGCAAACAAUCAAAUUGCUCGAUAUCUGUAUUAUCUCGGGCGCAUUCGAGCAAUUCAACUCUCUUAUACAGAAGCCCAUGAACAUCUCACGGGAGCCACGCGGAAAUCCCCGUCCGCCUACAAAGCAAGCGGUUUUUACCAGGCCUCGACCAAACUGCUUGUUGUGGUGGAGCUCUUGAUGGGAGAUAUCCCAGAUCGCGCAAUCUUCCGGCAGCCAAGUCUAGAGAAGUCUUUACAACCAUACCUUCAACUCGUUCAAGCUGUUAGCUCUGGCGAUAUCACUGGCUUCCAGAAUCUAGUCCAGCGGUACAAUUCGACCUUCCGAAAAGACGAUACAUACACUCUUAUUCUGAGAUUGAGGCAGAACGUGAUCAGAACGGGAAUUCGUAUGAUGUCUCUCUCAUACGCCAGAAUCUCGCUGCGUGACAUGUGCCUCCGCUUGGGAUUGGACAGCGAGGAAUCCGCCGAGUACAUGGUUGCAAAGGCGAUCCGCGACGGAGUCAUUGAGGCGAGCCUGGACCAUGAACAUGGAUACAUGAAGAGUAAGGAGGUGGGCGACAUCUACGCUACCAGAGAACCGGGCGACGUCUUCCACGAACGCAUCCAGGCUUGUUUAGGGUUGCACGAUGAAAGCGUCAAGGCUAUGCGUUUCCCGAUGAACCAGCAUAGAUUGGAGCUCAAGAAUGCCCAGGAAGCCCGCGAACGCGAGCGCGAGCUCGCCAAAGAGAUCGUGGACGGAGAAAUGGACGACGAUGACGCGCCAGGCGGCGACUUUGAGGGGUUGUGA